UCGGGCGAGCGUUUGUGUGUGAAAGACACGUCUCUUCCCUCGGCCGGAGCUGUAGCGGGUGUUUGGAAAAGACUAAGGAAAAACAAGAAUUAUAUGUGCAGAGAUCCCUCUCCCAUGCUCAGAGGCUGCCUGGUUUGUCUCAGUGGAGUGACACGGCCGCAAAGCUUCAGGAUCUCAAGAUAUGAAAGAUGCAGCAUUUUGACCUCUGCACAGUGGUGGUAGCGAUUUAGGAAGUGGCAUUUGCUAACGUGAAAAUGGGUGAUAUUGAAAAAGGCAAGAAGCUCUUUAUUCAGAAAUGUUCUCAGUGCCACACAGUUGAAAAAGGUGGAAAGCACAAGACAGGCCCAAAUCUUUGGGGUUUGUUUGGCCGCAAAACAGGACAAGCUGUGGGAUUUUCCUACUCAGAUUCUAACAAGAACAAAGGUAUUAUCUGGAGUGAAAAUACACUGAUGGAGUAUUUGGAAAACCCUAAGAAAUACAUUCCUGGAACAAAAAUGAUUUUUGCUGGCAUUAAAAAGCAGAAUGAGAGAGCUGAUCUUAUUGCAUACUUGAAAAAAGCAACCUCAUCUUGAAACAUUGCAGCAGCAGCUGUAAUGUCAGUGAAAAAUGUUCUGAAGUUUGACUACCUCUUGAUCUCAAGUUUUAGUAUUUUAUUGUUAAUUGUUCAUUAGGGACUGGCCUUAGCAAAAUCAAAUAAAGGUAUGUUUUAACAUGCUAAGUCCUCCUAACAAACACAACCAGGAGGUGAGCAUUAUUUAUAUGGUGUUACAUAUUUUAUAAAUCUUUGUGGAGUGUACUAUAGAAAAUACCGUUCCUUUCUCUAAGGAGAUCUGAGAGCUCGAUUCUGCAACUAGCUAUUACAACACUCAUUGAAACUAUUGUGAUUGUUCAGUUAUGGCUAUGUAUAUAGUUAUGCAAAUAGGAAACUGCCUGUAAGUAUUAGGGCUGACAGCUAAAUGAAGAGGGUUUUUUUUUGGGGGGGGGGGGGGCCCCUCAGCAUAUCAGCUGGGAAUAAAGGUAUUCAGUAGAUGACAGACAACGGUCUUAUUUUAAGAGAACACUACAUAAGGAUGAUGGGACUGGGAUACCAGGAAUAUCAGGUAUUUUUAGGGGACAAGUAACCUUUCAGCAGUGAUGGUCUGAAAGAAUCAUGAGGAGGUAUUUGAAUACCUAUGACCUUUUUGUUUUAAACAUACAAGACCACUCACUGCAUUAUUAGCGUUCCUUUGUGUAUUGAAACAGCAUCUGCCAGCCAGGAGUCUUUUAUAGUUUUGGAUUUUUUUCACCAGUUGAGUCAAAUAUAUUCAGGUAUCCAUAUCCUUUUAGGUGUAGAAUGAAUGAGGGCUGACUAGCUUAAGCAACCGAUAUUAGUAAUAGAUAUUUUCACCACGGCUUGAUGAAGGUGAUUAUAGUCCUCCUAAAACCUCCUCAUAAAUCUCUCCUCUACCACUUGAACUGUGAUUUACAAGUAAAUUCUCCGUUUCACAAAUGUUAUAGGUUGAAAUAUACUUCACUCAACCAAGGUUUCCUUAAGUCAUUGCAGAAAGGAGCACUGCUACAAAACUGAUUUGCUGUACUGUCAUAUCCCAGGUACUCAUUUUACCUGUAUUGUUCCAAUGCUUACCCACUAGGGGUUGUAACAAAUUGUGUCUUACCGUGCUCCAUAGAGGUGAACUUCUGUUUUUAAAUAAGGGAAUAAGUGAAAGUCAGGUAAAAAGUUAUGUGAUACAACUGGAUGGUUACCUGCUUUUUUUCUUCUGUGCUGAGGCUAUAAGCUGUUUUCCCCUUUCAGUUUUCUAGUUAGGACCUGUUCUAUAGACUGUUUUAGACAGUUGAAGUAAAGCAUCUGCCUGAAUGACGUUAACAUUUUCUCAAGUGCUUGUAAAUAUAUUGCUUAAGUUGCAUUUUGAAGAGAGCUAUGCCACUGCCUUCCUGAAUAAAGUAGACUGCCUGCGAAAUGCAUUGACAUUUCUGCU